AUCCCAAGCCACCACUAGCACGUCAACCUUUCAUCAUCUCUCAACACUGUCGAUGUCGGUCAACACACUCCUCGCAUUCAAAGCUGGUCGCGCUGUUCGACGCGAAGGCACCAACUUCGUGGACCCCAUCCCAGCCAAGGGCGCGGUCAUGCUGCAGACUGGCGAGGAUGGCCUUUUGCACUUCAUCUGGAAGGACCGCACGUCGGGAGAUAUCGAGGAGGAUCUGAUCUUGUUUCCUUCGGACGCGUCGUUCGUCAAAGUCCCCCAGUCAUCUUGGGGUCGGACGUAUGUCCUGAAGUUCUCCUCGUCGAACCAACGCCAUUUCUUCUGGAUGCAGGACGCAUCGUCGCGGCGCGAUGACGAGUUCGUCACCAACAUGAACCGCCUUCUCGAAGACCCAGACUACAUCCCUGUCUGGGACGCCAGCCAGCCCGGCGAAGCAUCGACGUCGGCUCCAUCGUCGACCACCCCGCCCGGCGUCACCCCCGACCAACUCGCUCAGCUCCGCACCCUCGUCUCUUCCCUCGGCCGCCCCGGUGGCGCCUCUUCCCAAGAGUCUGCCCCACCCGACCUCUCCCUGACCGACGUCCUCACCCCCGCUAACAUUAUGCCCAUCUUCACCUCCCACCCCGAACUCGUUCCCUCGCUCUUCCCGCAUCUCCCGCCUGACAUGCCCGUGCCCCCGUCCGAAGAAGCCCUGCAGCGCGUCAUCUCGUCGCCCCAGUUCCGCAGUGCCGUGUCGAGCUUCGACAAUGCGCUACGGACGGGUAUGCUGGGCGGCCUUGUGCGCCAGCUCGGGCUGCCUGAAGAGGCUGGUACCAGCGUGCAAGCUUUCUUGAGAGCGGUGCAGGAGCAGGCGGAUAGAGAGCGGGGUACUCAGGGCAGGGACAAUAUGGACACCAAUUGAAAUGUUUUGCCUGCACUCGUCAUGUAUCGUAACUUUGUUCAA